AUGGGGGCAGUCCAGGAGGUCCGCACUGUCCGUGGUACUGCCUCCCCCGCGCCCCCCCCCCGCAACGCCACGUACGCCGGCCCACCGUGCGGUUCCCCUAGCCCGGGGACCAGCUGUGCCCCCGACGGAUCCCCUCCCUCCACCCCGAAUCCGGCCCCCCUCCGACCUCGCUGUCCCGCACCCCAAGUGUCCCGCCGGCCCCAAGCCCUCCGGGUGCUGCAGGCGCGUCCGUUACUGGACACGGGCCCGUCCCUUCCCAGCCGGCGCCCCCCCAGGCCGCCCACCGCGGUGUCCCCCCGUCUCCCCCCGUGCCCCGUGUCCCCCUGCACCUCCCCGUCCCCUUGUCCGCUUGGCUUAUCCCCCCUUGGGUCCCCCCACCCGUAUUCCCUCCCCGCCGUGGCCCUGUACUCCCGCGUCCCCGGCACGUCUCCCCGCGGUGUCCCCCCCGCACGUCCCGUGUCCCCUCCCCGCGUGUCCCCGCCGCCCCGCGCGCCGGCGGAACUGUGGGAUCGCCGCGCACAGGAAGUGGCGGGGCGGCGCGGCCGAGGGCGGAGGGCGGCGGGCCGGGCGGGGCGGGAUGGGGGCCGGGGGCGGCGGGCGCCGCACUCGCUGAGGCCCGACGCAGGGCCGGGCGCGCCCAGGGCCCGAGCGCAGCGGCCGGAGCGGCCCGGAGGCGACGCCGGGGCCGAGCGCGACGAGCAGGUGGCGGCGGCUGCAGGUGAGCGGCGCUGCCCCCAGGCCGGCCCCCCGCCCGGCCCGCCGCCCGAGGUCGGGGCUGCCUCCACCGCCGCCCCAGGUCGCCCCGACCCGGGCCCCGCGCCGCAGCCCGCCUGCGGCGCUGCAGCCGGGCGCGCCGGUCCGGGCUGGCGUGCGGCCAGGCCCGGGGCACCCCAGGAGGGGCGGGCGGCCCGGCUGGGCGAGGGCACGACACCCCCGCCCCUCUCCCCGCGGCGUUUCUCGGGCCCCUCUGCUCCCCGCGGACGCGACCUGCCCCCCGCCCGGUUUCUGGGCGCUGGGGACCCUGCGCUCUGCGGCCGGGGUGAGGUCACCGCGCUGGUGUCCAAGCCAGGCCCCUGCCCCGCCGUGACCCCCUUCCUCCGGGUCUCUCCCCGAAACCCCCACUGUCCCUCGUGGAACCUCCCUGAUUCCCCCCGAGACAGGCCACACGUGGGCUGCUCCACCCCCGUGGUGACGCCCCACCGAUGCUUCCUCCUCUUCCUGGUCCUCGAUGCCCCCCGACCUGGGCCCGGCUUCUCCCCCGAGGCGCGCCGCACCUCUCGCUUCACCAGGAGGCCUUCCCCAUCCCGAGUCCGAGUCGGAACGCACACACACCGCGAGGGCCGUGCCCGACUCCGCUGUGCGGACAGCGGCGCCCGCAGCCAGCGCUGCCGGCGGCACCAAAGCGGUUCCGUUUCCCUGCCGAGGUCCGGCGGGCACCCCGCGCGGCUCUUCCCCGCGCGGCUUCCCGAGGGCCAGUCCUCCCGGGGGGCCGCUGAGCCAGGGUCCUCGCGGCCAGAGACGAACGACCCCUGUGGCCGACUGAGCCCCAACGAGGGCGCGCCUGUUCCCACUCACACCAGCGCUACGUGA